AUGGACUUUCCUGGUGGCCGCGUACCGUUCACAGAUCGCCUCAGCUUUGUCGGGGGAGCAGUGUCCCCGUCACAGCCAACAAGCUGCUACAGAACCUUGGACAGCACAGGAGCCUGCAUCGAGGAUGCAGAAGUGCCCCAUGAUAUCGAUGAGGAGCUGGCCCUCAAGAUGUAUGAGACGAUGGUCAAGUUGCAGACCAUGGAUGUCAUAUUCUAUGAAGCGCAGAGGCAGGGGCGCUUCUCCUUCUUCAUGACCAGCAACGGCGAGGAAGCCACCAUCAUUGGCAGCGCGGCCGCCCUGUCCCCCAAGGAUCACAUCUUCUCUCAGUACAGGGAGCAUGGGGCUCUUCUGUAUAGAGGCUUCUCCUUCCUUGACAUGGCCAAUCAGUGCUUUGGGAAUGUGCUUGGGCACGGCAAGGGCCGCCAGAUGCCCAUCCACUACGGCAGCAAGGCCCACAACUUCCAGACUGUGUCCGCGCCACUCGCAACCCAGUUGCCACACGCUGUAGGAGCUGCUUAUGCGCUGAAGCUGCAAGGGCAGAGCGCCGUGACAGCGGUGUACUUUGGGGAGGGGGCAGCGAGCGAAGGUGACUUCCACGCUGCCCUCAACUUUGCGGCCACGCUGUCAGCCCCGGUCCUCUUCAUCUGCCGCAACAACGGCUGGGCCAUUUCCACACCAGCAAACGAACAAUACAAAGGUGAUGGAAUAGUGGGCAGGGGCCCCUCCUACGGCAUUCCAAGCGUGCGUGUGGACGGGGGAGAUGCGCGCGCAGUUUUCAGCGCCACUGCAGAGGCCCGGCGCAUCGCACUCGAGAAGACCUGCCCCGUGCUCAUCGAGGCGAUGUCAUACCGCAGCGGGCACCACUCCACAUCGGACGACUCGUCGCGCUAUCGCACGGCUGAGGAGAUGAGCGCGUGGCGUGCGCGCGACCCGGCGACCAGAUUCCACAACUUCAUCGUCAGCCGCGGCUGGUGGGACGACAAAAGGGAACGCCAGCUGCGCGUGGCCACCCGCAAGCAGGUGGUGGACGCCCUGACUGAGGCUCAGAAGGGGGCCAAGCCGCCAUUGGAGGACAUGUUUACUGAUGUGUACAAGGAGAUGCCUUGGCACCUGCAGGAGCAGGCUGCCGAGGCACGCGCGCAUGCACAGAGGCACCCAGAGUCGCUGCAUGGCAUCCCUUUGGAAUGA